UCUUAGGAUCAAACUUUGAGCUUCCUCGGCUUUCCUGUGCAUGUGAAGUCAACAGGUUGAGCUUGAGGUUAAUACUGAGUGGCUUCUGAUCUACCAGCUGACUUAUCUCGGAGGGAAAAUGAGCUCCAGUGGUCUUGCUCCUCUUUCCAGCCGCAGCAGCCAAGAGAACAUCUCUGCUCAGGGAAGGGUGGAUGGUCCUCGUGUGAAGGCUGGGCAGAGGGUUGUGCUGGGUGUUCUGACUGAAAAUGAUCAUAACAGGACUUGUUGCCAGGGUGUUCCAGCUAAAAGUGGGUCAGCACUGCACAGUGUGUCUAGCCAUGGCAUCAACACCUCUUACCAGUCCAGUUCUGCAUUUGGUGCUUUGGUGGCAGAACCAGCUGUGGUACAUGCACCCAGACCUGCUGGAGAGCAAUCGGCUGCUUCACUCAUUCAUCCUUCAGAGCUUCACGUACUGAGUGCUGUAAACGACUUCAGCUCAGGAUCAUGUUUGGAUGCUUCGAUGCAGUCCCUGUCCGAGGAGGAACUUGCUCCUUUUGAGGACGUCUUAUCUGUUGCUGAAUAUGCAGAGGACAUCCAUAAACACCUUCGAGAGAGCGAGCUGAGAUACAGGCCCAAGCCUGGUUAUAUGAGAAAGCAGCCGGACAUUACCAACAGUAUGAGGGUCAUCUUGGUUGACUGGCUUGUCGAGGUCGCUGAAGAAUACAAGCUGUGCUCCGAGACCAUCCUUUUGGCCGUGAACUACCUGGAUCGCUUCCUGUCCUGCAUGUCUGUGCUCCGUGGGAAGCUGCAGCUUGUGGGGACUGCUGCGAUACUCGUGGCUGCGAAAUACGAGGAGAUCUACCCACCAGAGGUGGAGGAGUUCGUCUACAUCACGGAUGACACGUACACAAAGAAACAGCUGCUGCGGAUGGAGCACCUUAUCCUCAAAGUGCUGUCCUUCGACAUGACCGCUCCUACGAGCCACCAGUUUUUGAUGCAGUACCUCUUGGUAGAGGGUGUCUGUGCCAAAACGUCGAACCUUGCCUUGUAUCUUUCAGAGCUGAGCCUGCUUGAGGUGGACCCUUUUCUGCAGUAUCUUCCGUCCAAGAUUGCUGCUGCAGCUUACUGCCUGGCCAACUACACCCUAAACAGGAACCUAUGGCCUGAUGCCCUGUACACUUUCACUGGCUACACUCUGGCAGAGAUUGCACCAUGUUUAGUUGCAAUCCAUAAUCUCCACCUCGGCGCAGAGAGCCGCCCCCAGCAGGCCAUCCGUGACAAGUACGAGAGCACAAAAUACUGCAGUGUGUCCCUAAUUAAACCAGUUGGGGCUCUUCCACUGCACUGACGUCCUGUGGCUCCCUGUCUGAAGAGUGGUGAAGAAUCUGCAGCGCUUAUGUGUUCACUGUAAAUACUGGAUGAAAUUGCUUUUUAAACAUUUUUAAACUUUAGUGUGAUUUUUAUCAUAGUACUUUUUUAUGAAAUCAAGUCAAUAAAAUGACAACUUGUUUCCUAUAGCUCUUAUGUAGUAAUGUGAGUAUGGAGGCCAGGUUCUGUCUCUGCUGGCAUUGGAUAUGAAGUGUUGCUCACUGUUGCUACUCCAGGUCACUUUACUCUGCUGUCUCACUCUUGCAGAGUGGUGGACCUACUGUUGUGUAUGGCUGUAAAUAAAUUGAACAAGUUGA